AUGGAUCCCUUCCUCCUCCAUCCACUAAACGUCUUCAACGCGGCGUCCCAGCCCCAGGGCUAUAUCAAAACCGUCCAGAGACCGGGCAACGCGGGGCGCAGACUGACCGAUGAGCCCACCGCGAAGAAGUAUCCCAAGUCAACAAUCAUCAAAACCACCUUUGGCCUGACGAUGAAGAUUCUCUACGAGCCCGCGGACAACCAGUUCGCCGUGACUUUCAAAGUUGCCCCCACAGAACCACCCCUCGAGAGCAUCGACGCCAACAUUAAGAGCGCUACCACCACCACCACCAAGAACAUCAACACGAAGAACGUCUCCACCAAAACAACCAACUCCCAUUCCACCCCCAGUCUCACCCCCAGUCUCACCCCCAGUCUCACCCGCCACUACCUCAUCUACCCCGAACCCUCCACAUCAUUCAUCUUCCUCACGCACCCAGACCCCCUCUUCUCCCGCUCUCACAGCCCCACCCCCAUCCCCCUGCACGACGCCCUCUCCACCGCCACCUUCCCCGCCAGCGUGCUCGAAAAAUACACCAUCUGGACGAACACGUACAACGCGUACGUGGCGGAGCGAUGCGACGCGACAGACGACUACCUGGCGCCGGUGUUCCGGUCCGCGCUGGAGGAGGUCGUCUGGAAUGUGGCGGGGUAUUUGCUCGCGUGGCGGAUCGCGAUGGCGCCGCAUGUGGGCAGUGUGGUGUUUGCGGUGGGGUUGGUGAGGUAUCGUUUGGCGAAGGGGGGUGGGGGGAAUGGGAAUGAGAAUGGGAUGGGGGUGGUGACGAGGGGCUUUUUGGAGGAUCAGUUGAGGAUUUUGGAUUCUGAGGUGGUGACGGGGUAG